GCUGAAGGUUGAAACAUGGACUGUGGGCGUUUGAUGCUAGUUGUUCAUUGCAGUUGUGCUAACCUGUUCAUGAGAUGCCACCCUCAUACCUGUUGUCGUUUUCCCCCCUCUGUGCAGAAAACAGCUACGGCUGUUGCCCAUUGUAAAAGAGGAAAUGGCCUCAUCAAAGUGAAUGGAAGACCGCUGGAAAUGAUUGAGCCCAGAACGCUGCAGUACAAACUGCUUGAACCUGUUCUUCUCCUGGGCAAAGAACGCUUUGCUGGAGUUGACAUCAGAGUCCGUGUUAAGGGUGGUGGCCACGUAGCACAAAUCUACGCUAUUCGUCAAGCUAUUUCCAAAGCAUUGGUGGCUUACUACCAGAAAUAUGUUGAUGAAGCAUCUAAGAAGGAAAUCAAAGACAUCUUAAUCCAGUACGAUAGGACUUUGCUGGUCGCAGAUCCUCGUCGCUGCGAGUCCAAGAAGUUUGGUGGACCUGGUGCCCGUGCACGCUACCAGAAGUCUUACCGUUAAAAUUAUUCUGUACUCCAGUAUCUUAUAAUAAAUCUGGUGAAAAUUUGGUAAAUA